AGCCAUUCUGGCUCAAGUUUGGCCCAAGGCUAGCGCACGAGCUGCGCUGACUGUUUCUGCCUGUGCGCAAUUCUCGCCCCAAGUUUUACCAGUGCCGGAGGCGACCCCUUUCCGGAACAGGUUGCGCGACCAUGCCGGAGCUUAUGUCAAUCGUGAAAACCCCGAAGGAGGCCUUCAUGGGUAUGGUGGAUAAGGGCGUGUCGAUGGGCGGCGACUCGUCCAUCAAGAUCUUCCACCAGUCCUUCUACGCGGGUUGCUACAUUGGCUUCGGGGGCAUGCUGUCGAUGGUGGUGGCGGGCGGGCUGGACAGCGCAGCCCAGGACAACCCUACCAUUCAGACAUUUGUAUUCGCUGCGCUCUUCCCCGUGAACCUGCUGCUCAUUCUCCUCACAGGCGGGGUGCUGAUCACAGGCACAGCGGCGACCGUGCCUGCCGCGGUGUUUGAAGGCAAGCUGCACCGGAUGCAGAUCCUGAGGACGUUUGCGCUGGCUUGGGUUGGCAAUCUGCUUGGUGCCUUGCUCUUCGCUGGCUUUGUCACGGCCUGUAACUUGAAUGUGGGCCUGACUGCUCAGCUUGCUAGAAAGGUGGCGGAGAAGAAGAUCAAGGAGAACUUUGGGGUCACCUUCCUUAAAGGAAUCGGCUGCAACUGGCUGGUGUGCAUGGCUGUGUUCCUGCAGGGCCAGGCGCAGGACAUGGUUGGCAAGAUGGUUGGCAUCUGGUUCCCCAUCUCUUGCUUCGUGGCCAUCGGCUUCGAGCAUAUCCCAGCCAACAUGUUCAUGAUCCCCAUGGGGAUGAUGGCCGGCGCAGACGUGUCAGUGCUGGAUUGUCUCUGGGGGAAUUUCAUCCCGGUGACCCUCGGGAACAUCUUCGCAGGUUCCGUCUUCGUGGGCGGUGGCUACUCUUUCGCCUUCGGCCGGCUGGGCAGCCUGCCAGUGUUCAAUAUGCCCACGAAGGAGCAGGGAUCGCCGAAGGAGCCGCAAUCCGCGAGCGAUGCGCGUGAGGUUCCACCCGAGGCUGUUGGCGCUUGAGCGCGCAGCUUCGUUGAGGGGCCUCAGCGUCGCAUUCUUUGCCGUCUUGUGCAGCUACUCGGAAUUUUAGAACAAAGGGUUAAUUGUCACCCGCAGCGCAAUUUUUCAGAUCGUGCGGCGUACUUUCACAGUGGACUUUUGAUCGUGCAGAGUAUACGUAAUUCGUCACGGAAGCUGAGCAGCUUUCAGCAUCCCAAUCGAUUCUUCAGUUGCAGCUUGUGCCUUCCGCUUUCGUCUCCCCUGCAGCGAAGUCUGUGGGCCAGAUCGAGCCUGGUCAAGCUGCUCCUCGCGGUCAUUACCGACGAAUGCCAGUCAUGUUGCUGAAUUCAACCAUGUAUGACAGUGCGUUGUCCGCAUGUUCGAACAACAAUGUACACAUACAUCUAAUGGCCCUCGGCCUAUUCCGCCACCGUGCCUGGGCUGCGGGACAGAAUCCUCAGGGAUGUUUCC